UCGAAUUUGCAGGAUCAUUUCACAAGGGACAGGAAAUUACCAGUAUAUCUCAAGUAUAUAGAUCCUACCUACAUGAUCCGAGCCAUUCCAAGCAAUGCAUCCGAUAAUGUCUACUGUACACUUCUCGCACAAAGUGCUGUCCAUGGAGCCAUGGCAGGGUACACAGGUUUCACAGUUGGACCCGUAAAUGGCAAACAUGCAUACAUCCCAAUUUCCAGGGUUACGGAGACUACAAAUGUCGUCAAGGUAACCGACAGAAUGUGGGCUAGGCUUCUCGCCUCCACAAACCAACCAAGUUUCUUUAGCAAUGAUGAGGAGGUGAGGGAGAUGGUUGACAAGGAAACCCUUCAAUUGAUUGAUAACAUGAGGAUCAACUCAUUGUGAAAAAAUGUGGCUUCAGCUGGUUUUAAAGGAUCUC